UUCGAAUGCUUGGUAAUGUUAGCAGAAGCCGAUCCCAGUUGUCUAUCAGCAAACAAUGAUUGGCAGUUAGCGCCAUUAUCCGUCGCAUAUCUCAAAGGGCAUUACGGAAUUGUAGAAUGGCUCGUUGAUGGCCCCUGUUCAAGCAUUGUUGAUGUAAAUUGUCGCGAUCAAUCCGGAGCCACACUGCUUUCUUCUGCUAUCAAAUUUUACGAUUGUUUUGAUGAUAAAAAUAUCUUAAAGCAGUUGCAGUUUCUCAUUGGAAAAGGCGCUAACUGUUCGCUAAAAGACGCACGUCUGAAUUCUCCAUUCCAUUAUUUCUGUUGUGUGCCCUGUAAGCUGUUCGUGGAAGACACAAAGGACAGCGUCGAUGAGGAUGAAAACAAAAAACGCCUAACAAAAGAUGAAUAUCGUCGUUGCGUCGAUUUACUACUGGCAAGUGGAGUGAAACUUAUGGACAAGAAUGACGAAGGAGAAGAUGCCCUGCAGCUGGCUAUUAAAGCUGGAAAUUUGUUCCUCGCUGAACUGAUUUUAGAAAAAUUGCUUGUGCAGGAUCCAACACUCCAAUCACUUGAUGUGCAGUCAAGCACCAAAAACAAGGAAUACGGGUUCCUACAUGCGCUUAUUGCACUGCCUUUUCAGGUGUAUAACGAUAGAUUCAUGUGGGCUCGUAAAUAUGGCCCUGCGGGUGGCCAAUACAACAUCAUACCGUUUCUGGACAAAUUGAUUUCUCUUAAUCCUGAACGCAUUCGGCAGUGGUUGUGGCAUAAGGAUGCGAACGGUCAAACAUCCUUGACAUUUCUUUGCCGACGCUAUGCAGAAAUCCAAAGGGAGAAUCGUGGAGGCUCCCAAAAUGAAAGAUCGCUAAAGGAGUUCCUAAGCACGAUGUGUGCGGUUGUACGGCAUCUUGCUCGCUUGGACCCAAAAAUAUUAUUGCAAAAUGCUGAUACUGAUGACCUCGAUGAUUAUUCUCCGACCGACCGUAAAGCUGAUGCUGCCAGUGAUGAGGACAGUGGCUCAGGUGAUACAAAUGAAGCGGAGAAUUUGCGUGUUUUCGCGCAGGAAGAGGAGACAAAGUCAUUGAGGAAAUUCAGCGUUUUAAGAUAUGCGCUUGAAGCAGAUGGCAGCUUUUCAAGUCCAGUUACCAGCAUUGUCGUUGGUUCGGAAACUUAUCAUAUUACCAAUAAACUGCUGAUGACUGUUGUUGAGGCUGCCAAGGAAUACCGCAUUCUUCACGAGGCAAAGUCAGCGAGAAAAUUCAGCGUUUUAAGAUAUGCGCUUGAAGCAGAUGGUAGCUUUUCGAGCCCGGUUACCAGCAUUGUCGUUGGUUCGGAAACUUAUCAUAUUACCAAUAAACUGCUGAUGACUGUUAUUGAGGCUGCCAAGGAAUACCGCAUUCUUCACAAAAUUUUGAAUGAGCGAGACGCCGAUGGCUAUACAUCGUUAUUGCGUGUAGUAAGCAGUGGUGACCUGGCAGCUAGCAUGUAUCUGCUGGGAUCGGCGCACUCGCUUCCGAAUGACGAAUCGGUGGAGCGCGUAGAUGCAGCAACUGUGGAAUAUCGGUACUGCGCAACAGAGAAGAAAUGUGAGUAA